GGGCAUUUGGAUCCUCUCCUUCCGCUUCUGCUAAUUGGCUUUUCUGCGCGAUGGAUCAUCUUCCUCCCUAAUAAAGCCGAUCGACGUCGCGAAGCGCUGAUCGACGACCACCCUUCAUACAUUCGAGAGAAGGCUUUCCCUAAUCUUUGAUAGCAUCGCCAUCGCUAAUCUCAAUUUUCAACCAACUCGAUUGGGGUAGGCAGUGCGGAUUCAGGGGAGUCAGCCUUUCAAAACGACCCCUUAAAAUCGCGAGUUUGAUAAUCAAACUUCUCCUAUCUGGAAAUGAUUUCAUUGUAGCUGAAAUUGUUUGCAGCCCUUGCAGGCAUCUUUGGGCAUGGAUCUUCCUGCAAAUGAUGCAGAACUUGUACCGGAGAAGAUUGAAGAUGGGAAAGAGGAAGGCCCCUCAUUCAAAUGUGAUCUAUCUGAUACGGAAGUAGUUCACAAGAUAGCCCAAAUGUUCGUCCCAGGAUUAGCUACAGCUUGUGUCGACAACACAACGGGUGAUAUCUUCAAGAGCCCUGCUUCUGUAGCUGUUGAUAUGAGAAAAGAAAUGGUGGACUAUGUUGCUCAGAGAAGUGAAAGUUUUAUCGCUGAAUAUGUUAUCUUAGAAGCUGGUCCAAAGGCAGAAGCAUCUGGCCAUCCCUACGAUAUUGUUUCUGAUUUUGUUGAUGACUUUGCUAGUUCUAAGAGGAACUUGUUCAGUCGGGUUUCAGGAUGGCUACUGAGUGAAAAGAGGGAAGAAAAGAUAGAUGAUUUUGUUCAAGAGAUGGAGAUAAAUGGGUUUUGGUUGUUAGAUAGGAGAGAAGCCAUUGCACAUACUUUGCUCAAGAAUGUUGACUUCAAGAAUGCAUUUCACUGCAACAGGAAGUUCAUGUCUGAAGAAGGGCUUGCUGAGCAUGUUUCCCACUGCAGCUUUAGAUCUAUGACCUGCUCAAAUGACGGUUGUAAUGCCAGAUUUUGUGCCAGUCACUUGGAGAAGCAUGAUUCAGUUUGUCCCUUCAAGAUAGUUCCAUGUGAGCAGAAGUGCUCCGACAGCAUCAGGAGACGCGAGAUGGACAGGCAUUGUAUAACUGUCUGUCCAAUGAAGCUUGUGAACUGCCCUUUCUAUGCACUGGGUUGUCAAUCCGCUAUACCUUACUGUGUGAUGGAACAACAUUGUUCAGAUACUAUCCAUUUUCACUUGCUAUAUGUUCUUCAAUUUAUUCACAAAGAAGCAUCUGAGGAGGAUCUGAAACGACGGGUGGAGCAACUAGAACAGGCAGCAUCCUCUAGUCGGCUAGCUGAAGCUCGAGAGGUGAGAUCUUUAACCUCCAAAGUCAAGGACCUUGAAGCAAAGCUAGGGCCGUUGGAAGUUCACAUCAAGAACAAGGAUAGUGAAGAGAAUGUGGAGAUUUCAAAUAUAUCAAAUGCCUUGGAUGAACCCCAUAUCAAGGACAGUCAAGAGAGAAUGGGGACUUCUAAUCUAGUAAAUGCCUCAAGGGAAGCUGAAAGUCUAAGUUAGACCUACUUAUCAAAAAAAAAAUAUAAAGUCUAAGUUAGACCUGACAAUCAUGCUAUUUGUUUACAGAAAACAACCUUGCUUUUUCUUUUUUUCUUUUUUUCUCUACUGUCUAACAUCAUUUUGUCCAUAACUAUUUCUGUUUAAGACCUUGAGGUUCCUUUUCCCUUCUGUACCUAUUUCUUUUUCCAUAUUCCAUAAUCAAUGAUGGCCUCAUGUUGCCCAUGGCAUUUGAUAAA